CCGACAGCAGUAUUGAUUUGAAAAAGGCAAGUUUGAUUACAAAGAAAGAACGCUGCAGAGGAGUGCAGUGGGGCACCUCAGCAAGAAAGGACUGAGCAUAUCAAGGUGGAUUUUCCUUAGGAGCAUUUAUGGACCUUAAGGCACCACUGACCUCGAUGGAAAAAUGAAGUCCCCGGCCCAGGAAAGAGACCCAACUCUGUGGCUGUUUUGGAUUAGUUUGUACAAUGCCCUGCAGACCUACUUUCUCAGAAGGCUCCAAGUGACCAAAUGUGACCAGGAAGUUUUUUGUUAAAGGCAGUCUGGAAGAGAAGUUGUGACCGUCGGCAUCCCACAGCUGCCCCAGGACGGCCUAGUUGAGACAUUCACGGGAGGGCCUGGGUGCAGCCCGCUGCCUGGCCAGUAGGCGGCGCGCACACGCCGUGGGGCCCGGGUCCGGGCGUGCGCGCGGCUGGUGGCAGCGGGGCCGCGCACGCCAGGGUCCGGGAGCCGGGCCGGUGCCCCCGGAGCCAUUUCCGGGAGGGGCGAGGCCGGCUGCUGCCGGGCCUCCAAUCUCGGCGGCGGCGGCGGCAAUACGGGAUCCUGGUUCUCGCGGCCUGCGAGUCUGUCGCGCGCUGAGGGAGACGCGGGAGGUGGAGCCGGCCGGGUGCUCGAGGGAAGGAGACGGGAAGCUGGUUCCGGCGUGAGGAGGUGGAGGGGCCGUCGCGGGCUCCGGGGGGCGGUGAGGGUCGGGACGGAGGCGCGGCGGGAGUCUGAAAAAGGGGAUCGCGGAGAGGAGGCUGGAAGAGGAAGAUGCCUAGUACAGACCUUCUGAUGUUGAAGGCCUUUGAGCCCUACUUAGAGAUUUUGGAAGUAUACUCCACAAAAGCCAAGAAUUAUGUAAAUGGGCAUUGCACCAAGUAUGAGCCCUGGCAGCUAAUUGCAUGGAGUGUCGUGUGGACCCUGCUGAUAGUCUGGGGAUAUGAGUUUGUCUUCCAGCCAGAGAGUUUAUGGUCAAGGUUUAAAAAGAAAUGUUUUAAGCUUACCAGGAAGAUGCCCAUUAUUGGCCGUAAGAUUCAAGACAAGUUGAACAAGACCAAGGAUGAUAUUAGCAAGAACAUGUCAUUCCUGAAAGUGGACAAAGAGUAUGUGAAAGCUUUGCCCUCCCAGGGUCUGAGCUCAUCUGCUGUUUUGGAGAAACUUAAGGAGUACAGCUCUAUGGACGCCAUCUGGCAAGAGGGGAGAGCCUCUGGAACAGUGUACAGUGGGGAGGAGAAGCUCACCGAGCUCCUUGUGAAGGCUUAUGGAGAUUUUGCAUGGAGUAACCCCCUGCAUCCAGAUAUCUUCCCAGGACUACGCAAGAUAGAGGCAGAAAUUGUGAGGAUAGCUUGUUCCCUGUUCAAUGGGGGACCAGAUUCGUGUGGAUGUGUGACUUCUGGGGGAACAGAAAGCAUACUGAUGGCCUGCAAAGCAUAUCGGGACCUGGCCUUCGAGAAGGGGAUCAAAACUCCAGAAAUUGUGGCUCCCCAAAGUGCCCAUGCUGCAUUUAACAAAGCAGCCAGUUAUUUUGGGAUGAAGAUUGUGCGGGUCCCAUUGACAAAGAUGAUGGAGGUGGAUGUGCAGGCAAUGAGAAGAGCCAUCUCCAGGAACACUGCCAUGCUCGUCUGUUCUACCCCACAGUUUCCUCAUGGUGUGAUAGAUCCUGUCCCUGAAGUGGCCAAGCUGGCUGUCAAAUACAAAAUACCCCUUCAUGUUGACGCUUGUCUGGGAGGCUUCCUCAUCGUCUUUAUGGAGAAAGCAGGAUACCCACUGGAGCACCCAUUUGAUUUCCGGGUGAAAGGUGUAACCAGCAUUUCAGCUGACACCCAUAAGUAUGGCUACGCCCCGAAAGGCUCAUCAUUGGUGUUGUAUAGUGACAAGAAGUACAGGAACUAUCAGUUCUUCGUUGAUACAGAUUGGCAGGGUGGCAUCUAUGCUUCCCCAACCAUCGCAGGCUCACGGCCUGGUGGCAUCAGUGCAGCCUGUUGGGCUGCCCUGAUGCACUUCGGUGAGAACGGCUAUGUUGAAGCUACCAAACAGAUCAUCAAAACUGCACGCUUCCUCAAGUCAGAACUGGAAAAUAUCAAAGGCAUCUUUGUUUUUGGGAAUCCCCAAUUGUCAGUCAUUGCUCUGGGAUCCCGUGAUUUUGACAUCUACCGACUAUCAAACCUGAUGACUGCGAAGGGGUGGAACUUGAACCAGUUGCAGUUCCCACCCAGUAUUCAUUUCUGCAUUACAUUACUACACGCCCGGAAACGAGUAGCUAUACAAUUCCUAAAGGACAUUCGAGAAUCUGUCACUCAAAUCAUGAAGAAUCCUAAAGCGAAGACCACAGGAAUGGGUGCCAUUUAUGGCAUGGCCCAGACAACUGUUGACAGGAAUAUGGUUGCAGAAUUGUCCUCGGUCUUCUUGGACAGCUUGUACAGCACGGACACUGUCACCCAGGGCAGCCAGAUGAAUGGUUCUCCAAAACCCCACUGAGCUUGGACGCUUUCUAGUCUCAAGGGGCUUCCAGCCUUCAGAAGGUUCUUGGGUAUGAAACAGGCCGUGCACAACUUUGACAUCUGGUCUCGCUCCAUAGAGCACAACUCAAGAUACGCCAUGAGACAGCUUGAGCCUUAGGAUUCUUGUUCUUCCUCUUGUCUUCCUUUUAUGGUUUUUAAUUUGAAGACCCCAGAGAAUUCCAUUACAUAAUGAUUUUGCCCUUGUUAGAAACGUUACCCUAGGAAUUGUUUUAACUAUUUCCUUUUCUAAACUCUACCUUUCAGCUUCACUUAAACAUUAUGUGGUAGCUCUGACCUGUCCUGAUUCUUUAGAGAAGCUGGGGUACAGUUUAUGAGAUUCUAGAUAUUCUUUGUUAUCUCAGGCAGGAGGCAUUUACGUAACAGAUGUUUCCCCAGCUGGGUGUGAGGUGUACUUUAAGCAGGAGGCUUUAUCAGCUCUCUCUCUCUUUUUUUUUUUUUUUUUUUUUUUUGAUAAGAGUUUUGCUCUUUUGCCCAGGCUGGAGUGCAGUGGCACGAUCUCAGCUCACUACAACCUCCACCCACUGGAUUCAAGUGAUUCUUCUGCCUCAGCCUCCCAAGUAGCUGGGAUUACAGGUGACCGCCACCAUGCCCGGCUAAUUUUUCUAUUUUUUUUUUUUAGUAGAGACAGGAUUUCGCCACGUUGGCCAGGCUGGUCUUGAACUCCUGACCUCGGGUGAUCUCCCCGCCUCAGCCUCCCAAAGUGCUGGGAUUACAGGUGUGAGCCACCGUGCCUGGCCCUCUCUUUCUUAAGAGUAGGUUCAUUGUCUCUCUUAGAAUCACUUCUAUUGCAACUCAUUUCUUUUUCCAGGACACAGAUCGACCAAGCUGCUGUUCCCUAUUCUGCAGGACAGGAUUAUUCUAACAUAACCUGCUUCAUCCACCCAGGCAGGGUUUGGGGUGGUCUCUUCUGUGCCUGCAGUCCCCAUUUGACACUUGGUUGCCACCAUCUUUGGAGAUUAUUGUUUGGAAUGAUGCUCCCGUUGGCUUGUUCUUGUUACCAUGGACUAGGAAGAAAACAUGGUUUCCAAAUAAUGGAGGAGCUUUUGGCCAUGGUGCUGCCUUCCUGAACUGGCAGUGGUCAGAACACAUCCGAACCCUGUCCUGGGCUGGUGAUGAGCAGACACCAGGCCUUUUUCUAUGCUUUUCUGAAUAUCAGAGUAGGAUGAACACCCAGAUUCAAAUAUGUCACCAAAGUUGGUGGUGAUCCUUCCCUGCACCCUUAAGCCAUUAUGUAAUGAAAAUAUGUUUGCUUGAAGGAACAGCUCAAAGCACCUUCACAAGUUGCCUUGACUUACCCUAGGUGGGUGUGAAAGAGCACCCAUAGCAAGGAAGAUUUUCUCUAGUAGUGUGUUCUUCUGCCUCUUCCCCCUUGAUUCAGCUUUCAGAGGUACUAUGGCAGUUUUGCCUCAGUUGCUGGACAGUUCUCAGCCUUGGCUAAAAGGGAGCAGUACAGGGAGAGAAACAGGAUAGGAAAGCAGAAUGGCGAGCAGCCUAUGGCCCAGGGUCUGUAAUCCCUUCCCAAGACUCGCUGCUCAGGGCGGUGCAGGGACAGGACCAAACCCUGCGCCCACUUCCUGCCCUCUUUCCCCUGUAGGGAACUCUCCUCUAGGCUGAGCCAUUGUCUUGCUCUAAUAACAUCAUAUCAUGUGCCUUUCUCCACAGCAGUGAGCAGUGAUCUACUCCUGGCCCAGGCCCUAGGGGAAAUGGAUCAGUCUUUGAGGUUUCUAUUUGGGGAGGGCAGUACUUAAGACGAGUCAGGAGACACUUUCCUCUGUUCCCUUCCCCAUCUCAGGGACUCGUGAAUAUUCAGCCUCUCCAAGCUGGUAUCUUCUAGUUUCCUCCCCUGGGAAUGCUGGCUGGGAGAGCCAUGACUACCAGACUUUUCCUCAGGCUCCUUGGCAUGUUAGUCUGAAGCGUUCUUGAGCACUGUACUACUAACCCAACAACUGUGACUAGCUGGUCAUGCCAUUCAGGGCUGGUGUGGCAUUCGUGUGUGUGUGUGUGUGUGUGUGUGUGUGUGUGUGUGUUUCCUGUGUGUGUGUGUGUGUGUGUGUGUGUGUGUGUUUCCUGUUUGCCCCGCAGUGUGUUGUGGAAUGCAAGAGUGGGUAGUGUGUGUGUGUCUGUGUGUGUGUGUGUGUGUGUCAAAGGGAGAGCUGGCAGGCGCCUCUUUGAGAGUAGCUGUGGUCAGAGCUGUGUGGUCAGUGCAUUAUGUUGGAUGAGGUCCAGGAACCCAGAGCCACCCAGCAGACACCACUGUGGCUUGCCAGCUGCCAAGAUGGAGAAGCAUGUGCCCCCAUAGAGUGUCUCCCCAGGACCAGACCCUGAGCCACUCGCUUCCUCUGUGCUGUGACAACAUUGGUGCCAGGGGAGAUGGUGUUUUUCAAAGGGACCUACUGUAGCCACUUUAAUUUACAAUUAAGAGCCUUAGUUUGACUUAAGACUUUUGUAGGCUUUUCAUUUUGUAUUUUUGUGUAUGUGUGCAUAUAGCAGCUACUCUGUCAGAGGUGGGUAGAGAGUCUUAAUAGUAUCAUGUCGUAUGCAGAUGUCACGUCGGCCUCUGCAAAAUCUGUACUGUCUUGUUUCUGCAUCAGACUUAAGUAGUCAUGUGAAUACACUGCUGAGUCACUUUUAAUAUUACGAGUUUUAUACUUGGAAAAUGGUACUUGCUUCUUUUAAAUCUCUGUCUUCUCUAACCUCCCCCUUACCAUUUCAAUGCUCCUUUCCUAAUUUCAGCAAUAAUUUCAAAAAGCAAUUAAAUAGUUAAAUGACCCCAAUUGUAAUUACUGUGGAUGGUUGCAUUCAUUUGAUUACUUGGGCGCACACGAGAUCACAAAUGGGGCAGUGGCCAUGCUUGAAUGGGCUCCUGGUGAGAGAUUGCCCCCUGGUGGUGAAAUGGUCGUGUGUGCCCACUGAUACCACGACCAAUGAAAGAGACAGUUAAGCAGCAAUCCGUCUCAUUUCCAGGCAUUUUAAUAGGUUGCUGAUUGGUCCCUGUACCGGGAGUGGUAGUCGUACCUAUUUCAGAGAGGUCUGAAAUUCACGCUCUUAGUUUGCCAGGGACAGGCCCUAUCUUACAUUUUUUUCCAUCUUCAUCAUCCACUUAUGCUUACAGUUUGCUGCUUACAAUAACUUAAUGAUGGAUUGAGCUGUCUGGGUCGUCUCUAGCCAUCUGGGCAAUGUGGUUCUGUCUAACCAAAGGGCACUGGCCUCAAGCCCUGCAUUUGGUUUAGGGGCUGACAGAGCUCUUCAGAUAAUCUUCACACACAUGUAACUGCUGGACAUCUUAUUCUAUUAUGAAUAAGAAAUGAGAAGUUUUUCAAAGGGUUAGUCAGGAUCUGAAGGCUGUCAUUCAGAUAACCCAGCUUUUCCUUUUGACUUUUAGCCCAUUCAGACUUUGCCAGAAUUAAGCCAAGGACUGCUUUUUUGCUACCGUUUUCUGCCAAAUGGCCUAGUUCCUAAGUACCUGGAAACCAGAGAGAAAGAGGAUCCAGGAUAUGCUUGGAUGAGGAGGCCUGGCUCAUCUAGGAAGUCAUGUCUGGGGUGCUUAUUGCUGUUCCAUACAGCUGUACGUAAGCCCCUUGGCCUUCUCUGUAGGUUCUUGGCAGCAAUGAGCAGCUUUCAGCCAGUGACACAAGUAAUUACUGAGUCCUAAUUUGAUAGCCACCAACUAUACCUGGGUAGGCAAAGUCAGAUUUUUGAGAACCUUUUCUUGAAGUUUUAAUUGCCUUAUUUUCUUUUAUGCUUUCCUCUGUCUUAUAAUCUCUUCUCUUCUUAAUACCCUUGCCUAUAAUUUCAAUUAUUUGGAUUAACUUUAGAAUAAACCUAUUUAUUUCU